AUGUAUACUUCCAUCGCGUUCAUUGCUGCGACACUUGCCACCGGCGCCUUAGCUGUUCCCUUCAGCAACACGUCCACCACUUCAUACUACUGCGGCUAUGGGACUAAUGCCGAUGGCUCAUGCGUCAGCCCAACUUCGACCACAAGCUCGGCCUCGACUACUUCCACCUCAAGCGUUUAUUGCGGGUUUGGAACCGCUCUAGAUGGCAAGUGCAAUCCACCUCCGUCGACCACGACACCAGCCUCGUCGACGACAACAUACUACUGUGGAUAUGGCACCGCUCUGGACGGCAAGUGCAAUCCGCCCCCGACCACAUCGAGCACGUCCACCAGUACGUCCACCUCCUAUUACUGCGGCUUUGGCACUGCUUUGGACGGCAAAUGCAAUCCCCCAACAUCAACCACGACCAGCUCAACGUCUACCGCCACUUCCACCUCGCACUACUGUGGUUUCGGCACUGCUGCUAACGGCUCUUGCAACCCUCCCUCAACGACCAGCAGCACAUCGACGAAGACAACGAGCACCGUCAGCAGCACGACAACAAAAUCCACGACUGUGAGCACGACCAGCAGCGUUAGCAGCACAACCACUCCCGUCUCCCACUACUGUGGCUAUGGUACAGCAUUGAAUGGCAAGUGCAACUCAGCUCCUCCUACUUCGACUAGCUCGUCAAGCAGUGCCACCAGAACGACUGUAUCUCACUAUUGCGGAUUCGGCACCGCUGCCAACGGCCAGUGCUUGCCAAAACCCCCUGUGUCUACAACGACUCCUAAUGGCUGCCCCACUGCUAUGACCGUCACCCAGACCGUCACGGCGACCCCGACCCUGGCUCCUCACUUCUUCUAUGGCCUCAGCGAGUGUGUGGAAUGUCAGACGGUCACCAUCACCAUGGCCAUUCCCACCUCGAUCGGGGCUUGGUAG